UCCGUUCCAAUCAGGGCUUCAGCGAUAACUACGUCGAAAUGGCGGCCUGCCUUCGCUCCUCCUCUUUUGACUUCUUCCUCGCUGCGUAGGUUGGCAGAGCAAGGCGGCAUCUAGCAGCUCGACCCCGGGCAAAAUGACUAAGCGCACCAAGAAGGCUGGAAUUGUUGGGAAAUAUGGUACCAGAUACGGUGCAAGUUUGCGAAAGCAAAUUAAAAAAAUGGAGGUUUCUCAGCAUGCCAAGUACUUCUGUGAAUUCUGUGGGAAGUUUGCUGUGAAAAGAAAGGCAGUUGGAAUUUGGGGCUGCAAGGACUGUGGCAAGGUCAAGGCCGGAGGUGCUUAUACAUUGAACACUGCUAGUGCCGUGACUGUGAGGAGCACUAUCCGUCGCCUGAGAGAACAAACUGAAAGUUAAAAAGGAGUGAAGCGUUGCGCAAACAUGCAGCUCAAAAGUCAGCUCAGACUAGCUAUUAUUUUAUCCAGACAAAUUUAAAUCUGUUUAGGCUUUUGUAUGCCUACUCUUGUUAACGUUCUUUGGGCUCUUCAGUUUGUUCGUGGUUUGUGUUUGUGUAAGCACAAUGCUGUAUUCCAUUUUUCAGAAGAGUACAAUUCUAAAAACUAAAUAUUCAUCA